AUGGACAAUACUGAGGAAAACUCGAGGUCUCCGUAUGCGAGUACAGGUGCCGAUGAAGAUGACGGCGCUGCGACUUGGACACAUCACUUUGAGCAAGAUGCCGAGGAUGUCGAUGAAGAGGAUUAUGAUUCCGACUUCCAAGACGAACCAGACGAAGAUGAUGAGGAGGACGAUGAGGAAUACCAUGAUGCCGAUGACGGUGGCGAACGUGAUGUUGAGAUUGAAGUGUUCAUGGGCGCUGGCGACGAAGAUGAUAGUGGCGAAGACGACGCCUCAUGGGCAGACAAUACGAUUUCGAGUAUCUUGACCCUGGUCGCUAGCGCUGGAGGCGUUGGCACGAGGCUCAUUAGAGGAACACAAGUAUUAGGCCUCAUGCAGGGCGGCGGUGAGGUGAUCCUACACAGCACACUCGACGACUUCGAUGACGAUGAAGAUAUGGGAUGGGGAGGAAGACGGAGGCGAGGUCAUUCUGGAGAGUCCAGUCAUUCUGGAGAGCCCAGUCGGUUUCCCAAGGUACCAAGCGACGAGGGCACGAAACUGAUGUACUCUGGUGUAUUUGGGGCAAAUGAACAACACGCCAGCAAGAAGCAGUUGGCACGAAGGAUACUGGAUCGCGAACUUGGCUUGGGUGACAGACGCGACCAAAAGCAAAACCAAGACCUGAUGGCCCAGGGCAUGAUACCGUCAACCAACCCCGAGAUGAUCGUGCACUACGAUGACCCUGUCUACUCUGGCCAGUUUUCCGACGAUGGCAACUUCUUCUACGCAUGCGGUCACGAUUUUAAGGUUCGGAUGUACGACACGUCAAAUCCGUACAACUGGAGAUACUAUAAAACGGUCAAUUACCCCUGGGGGCAAUGGACGUUGACAGACGCAUCGUUGAGCCCCGACAACCGCUGGCUUGCUUACACGUCCAUCCAAAGCAACGUCUGUCUAGCGCCCACGGAUCCCAACGACACAGGAGACCCAUAUACGCUGGACCUCGCGGAGCGGAGUGUGGGAACACGACACGGCAGGCGGAGCCAUUCAUUCGGAAUCUGGUCUGUCCGGUUCUCCGGCGACGGUCGGGAGCUUGUGGCUGGCACUAACACGCAGUCGAUUGUCGUCUACGACAUUGAGUCGCGCACCGUUCUGCACAACGUCGUCGGCCACGAGGACGAUGUGAAUGCCGUGUGUUUCGCAGACAAAUCGUCGCCACAUAUUCUCUACUCCGGAUCGGAUGAUGCCACUAUCAAGGUGUGGGACCGACGCAGCAUGGGAGAUGGGCGGCCAGCGGGUGCUUUUGUGGGCCAUGUCGAAGGCUUGACUUACAUCGAUAGCAAAGGCGACGGCCGCUACAUCCUUAGCAACGGAAAAGACCAGACCAUGAAGCUGUGGGAUCUCAGGAUGGUCAUGUCCACGGCCGAGUUCGACGAAGCCAACCCCACAAGGUUGACCGCCCACAGUAACUUCGAUUAUCGAUGGGGAACUUUCAGAGAUGUAGACUGGUUCCCCCAUCCCAACGACAAUUCCGUCGUCACCUUCCGUGGACACCGCGUAAUGCGCACACUGAUCCGUUGUCACUUUUCUCCUCCCUCCAGUACGAAUUCGAGAUAUGUGUACUCCGGUAGCCAAGAUGGCAAGGUUUACAUCUGGAAUUUGGAUGCCACCUUGGCUGGCACCAUUGAUGUGAGACAGGCCACCAAAAACUCCAGGCCCCUGGAGCGGAGAUAUCGCAUCUACCACGGCGAUGACUUUCCAGGAUGGGACACCUGUGUGCGAGACGUCAGCUGGCAUCCUAAUGCACCGGUUCUGGUUGCAUCCGCUUGGAACGGCUUCAACAUGGCUCACGGCACUUGCACGCUUCACUCGUACAACGAGGCUGAAGAAGACGAGGCAGACCCUCCGAUGGGCCGAAGCGUCGACGAGAAACUGCGCCCGGUCGGCUCGGCAUUCCAGAUGUAG